CAUGUUUUCUGUAUCCUAACAUUUCUUUUUAAUAUGCUUAUACAUUACAUUUUGUGAUCAUGUGAGAUAGAUUACAUAAUGUGUUGUAUCAAUUAAAUCAUUCAAAAAUUUAUGUUGUAAAAAUGUAUUUGCUAUUAAUCUUAUGAUUAGAUAGUUACAGGUCCUAUAAGUGGUGAGAUUAAAGUCUAUAAUGAGAGAUUUCUUGACUGUAACAGGCAGUAAAACCGGUUGCUUCUCAGUCUAACUGCCAGAGAGAUAGCAGUUUCCUGAAAAGAUCAGGUGUGGCUUUCCUUACACCAUUCAUUGCAUCUAUCCUAAAAGAAUGUUCUUUCCUGUCAUCGCAAAGUGAAUUAUCUUGCCCAAAAGGUCAAUAUUUGACUCUAUCACUUUAAUAUGGACGAAAGGUGAUCUUGAAAUAAAUAACAGUUAGUUAAUAUAAAACUAUAGUCUCAGGGUUCAAAGAUACACUCAUGAAUGACCACAAGUUCUUUCCCUGGGAGUGUGCAGUUGUAAUAGAUGAGUCAUAUCAAGUCCUGGUCAGAGGACUGUCACAAGGAUUUGAAUCAGUGUACUCAUAGGGGGGUAGAAAGCUAGGGAAACUUUCCUUUCAGUGACCGUGGAGAACCUUUCAAUGAGAUAGGUAGCCUACUAAAAAAAUGUCAUUAGUGUCAUGUAGCAAAUAGCAUAUACUAUUGCAUUGUUUGUAAUGUAAUUUUAAUAAGACCUGGGGCUAUUACACAAUUUUCCAAAGAAGGUUAACGUUACUGAGUCAUGCUUGCAUCACUUUUCUCAAGAAUUAAGUGGGGAAGUGUGUCAUACUUUCUGAUUCUAAAACAGUUUCUGUUUCCAAUAAAUUUUCUAUAUGUAAUUCUUAAUGUUUACCUAUAGAGUUAUGGUUUUGUGUUGCAAAUUAAUACAUAUGUAGUCCACAAUGAAGUGGUGCUGGUAAGUGCUAUGCUAUGAGAACUGUAUUCCAUAGAUGGUGGUGUUCAGGUUUCAUCUAUGGGUUCAGUUCUUUUGGUAUAGCACCAUUUUGUCUCCUAAAUAAGCAUAAACAGUUUGCCUAUACCUGGAUGUAACAGACUGUUGUAAAUAUUAUACAGUGUUAAUAAAGUUUGCUGAAGUCUGAAUCGUGUGAUUUAUAAUGAUUGAUUAUUUCUUUUGUUAUACAGAUCAACACCAAUAAUUUUCUUUUUCCAAGGGCACAGGGCCCAGGUGAAGUUAUGUGAUUAAAACUAACAUAAAAUGUUUCAACCAACUGUCCAAUUGUAAAAACAUACAGAUUAAUUACAAGGAAUGUGUCUGUAUUGAUUCACGGCAUAUAUAAAUUAACCAGUUCAGUUUUUGUAAACUUAUUAGCAAGAAGAGCAAGUAGCCUAAACAAAUAUAAAAUAACAGAAUGCUGUAAGCCCCCAGCAAUAGUAUUGAUUGAUUGAUUGAUUCAUUCAUUUAUUUUUAUUUUGAGUUUGUGCCAAGAGAGAAACAAUGUAUACUACAUAUACAUUGUAAACAACAGAAAAGCACAUUUCUCGAAAAUGAGUGGGAAGAAGAAAAACUUAACAUGAACCCACCCCUGUUCAUGUAUUAGCCUACAAUUACAGUUUUUGAAGCUUUGAUAAAUAAUGUAUGAGUGGUGAAAUAAAUUUUCUAGGUAUUUUUAUAAAACAUAAGAGAUGUUUAUUGUAUUAUAAAAAUAUACUGAAAAACAUGCAUCUGUACUGUGAGCCUCUCCUCUAAUCUGACCUGUAACUUGGCCUAGUGACGUCACCAUGGACAUAAACAAAUUUAAUGCCUGACUGUGGAACAUUCCAGUGAAAUCAACAACAUCUCCAUUCAAAAAGCCACAAGCUUUUUGCAUUUAAUCUAAUCAAAAUCAUGCAGAACAGUGAGGCAAACUAUGUUAUGGCCCAAACUACAUCAUGUUACACCAAAAUGUGAUUGACAAUCAAUCUGCCAAAUGAUUACACCUUAAAAAUCUAAACAAAAAUCCACGGUGAAUCUGAUUGGUCAAAUGGGUUGUCUGUCACUGACAUAGUUUGUUUUUGUAACCAAUGGGGAUUCAGUGUGUGUUUUCACAGCGGGUGAGCAACAGGCUGUGGCUCCUCACCAUGGAUCUACAAUACUCCUCACUGGAGUGGACGAGAUUUUCGUUUUAAGGUGUACUCUAGCGAAGUUUCAAGGCUGAAUUGUUAUUGUUCUAAGCUUUGGGCGUAUUUUAGUAAACCACUUCUUCUAGUGAAACACUUUUGCUCGGGCGUUUUAUAGACAAAGUUAUAUUUGCUAGGGCCGUGCGAUGGAUGAAGCACGGCCUACCAGUGGAUCCCAGGCCCAGGGAAUGGUGCCUCUGUUUCCCCCUGGACUACAGGCGAUAUACGGAGAAUGUCGGCGGCUUUACCCGGACCAGGCGAACCCGCUACAAGUCACAGCAAUCGUAAAAUAUUGGUUAGGAGGACCAGACCCCCUAGAUUACAUUAGUAUGUAUAGGAAUGUGGGGUGCCCAUCUCAAGACAUCCAGGAGCACUGGCACUAUGUCAGCUUUGGACUGAGUGAUCUUUAUGGCGACAACAGAGUACAUGAAUUCGCAGGGGCUGGCGGACCCAGCGGUUUUGGCUUUGAGCUCACAUUUAGACUCAAAAGAGAAGUCGGAGAGACGGCACCACCAACAUGGCCAGCUGAACUCAUGCAAGGCUUGGCCCGCUAUGUGUUCCAGUCAGAAAAUACUUUUUGCAGUGGUGAUCAUGUGUCGUGGCACAGCCCUCUAGACAACAGUGAAUCCCGCAUACAACACAUGCUGCUCACAGAAGAUCCACAGAUGCAGCCAGUCCACACACCAUUUGGUACAGUGAGCUUUUUACAAAUUGUAGGUGUGUGUACAGAAGAGCUCCAGGCAGCACAGCAGUGGAAUGGACAGGGCAUAUUGGAACUGAUGCGUGGAGUGCGAGUAGCUGGAGGUCCAUGGCUCAUUACUGACAUGAGACGAGGGGAGACUAUUUUUGACAUUGACCCACACCUACAAGAGAGAGUGGACCAGGGCAUAGAGGCAGAAGGCUCUAACCUGAGUGGGGUCAGUGCUAAGUGUGUGUGGGAUGAUUUGAGCCGACCACCAGAGGACGAGGAGGACAGCCGUUCUAUUUGUAUUGCAUCUCAGCCACGGAGACUCUCAGAUAAAGACACAGAACAAAUAAGGGAGACUCUGAGAAAGGGUCUAGAGUUCAACACAAAGCCAGCAUUACCCCCUAUCAGCGGGCAGAGACAGAACCACGACCGACCUCAAAGUAGAAAGGACAGCUUGGAGAGUGAGAGCUCAUCAGCCAUUGUUCCACAUGAGCUUGUUCGAACACGACAGUUAGAGAGUGUCCAUCUAAAAUUCAACCAGGAGUCAGGCACGCUGCUUCCUCUCUGUUUGCGAGGGAGACUGCUACAUGGGAGACACUUUACCUUUAAAAGCAUCAAUGGAGACACAGCCAUAACAUUUGUGUCAACAGGAGUGGAAGGAGCAUUCGCAACUGAAGAGCAUCCCUAUGCAGCUCAUGGCCCAUGGCUCCAGAUACUGUUAACUGAAGAAUUUGUGGAGCAGAUGCUUAAUGAAAUUCGAGACCUAAACACUCAUGAGGAGUCAAAGCUACCUAAGGAGUAUAGUUGGCCAGAAAAGAAGUUGAAAAUUUCAGUUCUUCCGGAUUCUGUGUUUGAUAAUCCACUGCAGUGAGACAGUUGACUACACUUCCCUGAACGGACUGAAUGAACAGGAAAAGGGUUCUUCUACCACAAGACUGACACAUCCUCUGAGGAUUUAUAUUACUGCCAACAGCAUUUCUCUGUAGUUUGUUGCUUUUAAAACUCUAACUUUCACCCUAGUAGGCCUGUCAUGGUAAUACAUAAGUACUGAUGAAGUAAAUAUUGACGAUGAUAUUGAAACUAAUUUAUGCCAGUGACACAGUAACUCAAGAGCAGAACCACAAAAAUAUUCUAAAUGUGCAUUAUUGUUAAAAAAAAAAAAAAAAAAACAUGAGCUGCAAUAAACAACAGAAUGAAACACAAUACUUACUUUGCAUCUGCAAUGAGUCAUAGUAGUUAUUCAUUUCGCCUUAUGGCCAAAAAAUAACCAGAAAGAAAGAAACUGUACCCACGAUAAAUACUGACGACCCCAAAAAUAGUGUUCCAAUUUUUAUAUAUUGAAUGAUAAGUUGAUAUAGUAAUUACCGUGACAAGCCUACACACUAGUGAUCUGAAAAUGUCAGUAUUAGCAGUAAGAUGUCUAAAGGUCUUCUGAGGUCAAAGGUUCAUUUCUCUAUCAACAUUAUGAUGUAUCUUGUGAUCAACAGACUUUGGAUCCAAGCAAUAAAGAUGCUUAUUUAUUGUAGUGGCAGAGUACAGCCAACAAUUAUACUGUAUAUUAUAUAUUAUUUGUGAUGUGUAAAAUAUAGAGCAAUGCUGGAUGUUCAUGUUAUACCAAAGUUCUCUUGCGGUUGCCUCUCAAACAGACUGCUACAAACCUCAAAAAACACUUAUUUUUUUUCUUUCUUUGUUUUGUAUGAAAUUUAUUGCAAGAGAUGUAUGACUGUGUAUCAUUGUUGCCAUUAUUCAGACCUGUAGUCUAUACGUUCCGUAGUGCCUUUUAAUUGCAAGUAAUUUUACUCAAACCUCUCUGAACAACACUAACCAUUCCAUGCAAUAAGAGAGAAUAAAGUUACUUACUUAA